AUGAUACAGCUGCCCCUGAGAGUGACACCCUCUCCUGGUGUACGCCUGAAGUAUGCCAUCAACUCCCCACGGCCUGGUGAAGUAUUGCCCAGUCGUGGAAAGAAAGUGGCGUCUAAGCCCAAGGCAGAGAAGAAGGAGAAGGUGAAGAAGUUCAAGGAUGUGCCUGCUCCCACUGCUGAAGAAAUCCUUGUCUUCUAUUCUUUAGAAGAAGAUGUGGAAGAGGAGACGAGAAUGAAGAGAAAGCACUGUCUCCAGCACAUAAUCCGCAAGCACUCUCGUGUGUUAGCCGCUGAGAUUCGGAGAAGAACGAAGGAAGCGGAGAGUGCCAACCUGUAUUUUCCGGCUCCCAAACUGGGAAACUUCAAAAUUGCCCGCAAGGAAGGCGGACCUCACCGUGAGGAAUUCAACAGAAGAGCUCUGCAGAUCAUCAGAGAUAUCAACUAUGUUGACCUCUCAAAGAAGCCCAAGUCCAAGAAGGAUUCAGACACUGAAUACAGCGAUGUAUUCCUGUCUGAACCUGCCGUUGAACUGUGCGGUCCUGCCAGAGCAUCCAGGAUCAGAGGUUCUUCACUGCCUCCUCUUGCGCCUCGCAACAAGCCCAGUGAAGACUCCAAGGGCAAGGCCAAAAUGCCUGGGAAGAGGAACGCCGCUGAAGACGCAGAGAAACAGUUCAAGAAGGAUCUGAAGAAAGCUAGGAAAGCCUCUGUUGUUGGACUCGGAACGCUCCCAGAUUCCCUCACGAGCCAUGUCGAAGGCCUGAUUGUUGCCAAGACUCGGGCUGAAGAAUGGGAGCAGAACCGCAGUUUGCGUGUUGCCAGGCGGUUAGAAGAAGAAGACCAUGCUGAGAAGGAACGUGUUGAGAAGGAGAAGGCAGAAGCUGCCUUGAAGCAGAAGAAAGUUGCUGAAUUGCAGAAGAAGAAGGCUAAGAAGGAAGCCGAAGAGAAGAAAAGGAAGAAGAAGAAAGCUCUGCUCGCUGAGCAGAUGAAACAAGCAGCCGAAAGUCUGAAGGCUGAUAAGGCUAAGAGUGAAGCAAGGAAGAAAGCCACCGAGAAAAUGCCUGAAGUACAGGGCGGAAAUGAAGAAGUUGAUCGGGAGAAGACAGAAUAUGAGAAGAUGAGGGAUGCAGCUCGUGAGACCCGUCGUGAGGUUGGUCUCAAGGCCAGACAUGAUACAGCUGCCCCCUCUGACUCUGAAGAAAGUCAGGAUUUACCUCAGACCGUCCCAUCAAAGAAGAUCACUAUGACUCGUCAGGCGUCUCAGAUCGCUGAAGUGAAGAAGACUGCGAAGGAGUUUGGUCUGAAGAUCAAAGUUCCUGCCGAAAGAAGUUCCUCCACUUCAUCAUCUGCGGCAGUUUCUCUGAAGAAAGCUAUUGACACACUUGUGCCAGAUACAUCAACAGUCAAGCUUACUUCACUUGCUGAGGAACAGGAGCAAGCUGCUUCAUCCCCCACAGUACUGUCUGAGCACACCGCUCAACAGGAAGAAGGAGAUGAGGUGCUGGGGAAGAACCAAAAAGACAUCAUCCGUCUUGAGGAACCCCCCACCAGCAGCUCGUUGCCUCGCACUGAAUCAGUGGAUGCCUCUGCUGAAGAAGGAAGAACCUGUGACUUCGAAGCUGAACCCACUCGUGAUUUGCAUGCCAACGACGCAGAAACUGAUGCAGAUGCCCCAGUGCCUAUGCCGGAAGUUCGUGUGAAGAAAGUUGUUAAGAAGAAGAAGUUUGUUGCCCCGUCCGACCCAGAUUCCUCAAGUGAUGAGGAGAAAGAAGAGAAGGAAGAAGAGAGAGACCCCACGCAAGCCUCUGAUGAUCUAAUGGAGAUUGAUCGUCUGCCAGAAGAUUUGCUCAAGCCUGCGCCGAAGAAAAGACGAUCCAGACUUGCUAAGGAUCGUGAAGACAGAAGACUCUCACGGAUGCUAGUGAGAUCUCAAACUAUGUCUGAAGACAACCGCGAGCUGUUGUCUCCCAAGCCUAAGAUGCCAAUAUCCUCUGACUGA